AUGUACAAAACCAAUUAUGAUGGGACAGUAUUUGAAGAUCCAGAAGAGGCUGGAAUCGGAGUCAUAGUCCGAAAUGAUAGGGGAGAAGUGUUAGCUGCUUUAUUCGAGAAAAUACCUUAUCCAGGCUCGGUGGUUUUGGUGGAGGUCCUAGCUGCAAGAAGGGAAGUACAGUUUAUUAUGGAACUGGGCAUAACUCAGUCAAUCUUUGAGGGGGAUUCAAAGAUAGUGUAUAAGGCUUUGAAAGCAAGAGAUGUGGGUCUGUCUUCAAUUGGACAGUUUGUAAAAGACAUUAUGUCUAUCGCGGGUUCGCUUCAAACCUUUUCUUUCUUUUAUAUUAGGCGGCAGGGAAACUGUGUAGCUCAUGCUUUGGCUAAGAGAGCAAAAUUUUCUUUUCCUUUAUCAGUCUAG